GUGCUCCCGAUGGUAGAUCUGUCAUUGACUGUAAUGACCAAGGUGUUCAAUUUGCCAUUGCUGAAUGUUCUGACAUUACAAUCAAUCAAUUUGAAGAAAAGAAUUGGGAACAUGCAGUUAUUCCUUACGGAUUAGUGCCACCAAUAUUUAUGCCUAACAAAAUCGAUCCAAUUUUAUCUUUAAUACAACACACUACUUUUGCUGAUGGAUCCGUAGCCCUUGGUUUUCUUAUGCAUCAUCAAGUUAUUGAUAACUUUGGUCUUUUUACUUUUAUUGAAAAUUGGGGACGAAGAGCUCGUUUAGAACAGAUUGACCCACCUACCCAUGAUCGAAGUUUGUUAAAAGCAAGUAGUAACCCUCCAACAGAUGUUCCUUCCAAAUACUUUACAAUUAAAUCGGGUCAAAAUCUUUUUUCAGGAAGAAACCCUGUUCCUAUAACUACCAAAAUUUUUCACUUUAGUGACGAUGUGCUUAAGAGGUUACGUGAUUAUUAUUCUGUUG